AUUUGAUCGACAGGGCUUCUGCUUUUUAAGAGGGUAGGCGAAGGUCGGCGACGACGCAGCUGGAUCGGUCCGCACGAGUCACGACUGCUUUCCCAUCUCGUCCUUUCGUCUUUGCAGUCGAUCCUCGACUCUGCCUCGAUCUCCUCCGAUCUCCGCCGGGAUGGAUCAAGAUGGUUAUUCUGUUCAACUUAUUGAUGGAGAUGGUGCUUUCAAUUUUACCGGCAUUGAACAUUUCACAAAGAUAACAAAGAUGGGUGAUUGUGGAUUGUCCUAUGCAGUGGUCUCUAUAAUGGGUCCACAGAGUAGCGGAAAGAGUACUCUUUUAAACCAUUUAUUUGGUACUGACUUUAGAGAGAUGGAUGCUUUCAGAGGAAGGUCACAGACUACCAAAGGUAUUUGGUUGGCAAAGUGUGCCAAGAUUGAACCAUUUACUGUUGUUAUGGAUUUGGAAGGUACCGACGGAAGAGAGAGAGGAGAGGAUGAUACUACUUUCGAGAAGCAGAGUGCCCUUUUUGCUUUAGCAGUUUCGGAUAUAGUGCUUAUAAACAUGUGGUGUCAUGAUAUUGGUAGAGAACAAGCUGCAAACAAGCCUCUCUUAAAGACAGUGUUUCAGGUCAUGAUGCGAUUAUUUAGUCCACGAAAAACAACAUUGUUAUUCGUCAUACGGGACAAAACUAAGACACCCCUUGAAAAUUUGGAGCCUGUUCUGAGAGAGGAUAUUCAAAAAAUAUGGGACAAUGUACCCAAACCAGAAGCUCAUAAAGACACUCCACUAAGUGAAUUUUUCAAUGUAGAAGUUGUGGCUCUUUCAAGCUACGAAGAGAAGGAAGAGCUAUUCAAGGAGCAGGUUGCAACUUUAAGGCAACGGUUCUAUCAUUCUAUUGCACCUGGUGGGCUUGCUGGGGAUCGACGAGGUGUUGUUCCAGCUUCAGGAUUUUCAUUUAGUGCUCAACAGAUAUGGAAGGUUAUCAAGGACAAUAAAGACCUUGACCUUCCAGCACACAAGGUUAUGGUGGCUACUGUACGCUGUGAAGAAAUUGCUAAUGAAAAAUUUGCUUGCUUUAGCACUGAUGAGGAUUGGCUUCAACUUGAGGAGGUUGUGCAACAUAGCAUAGUCCCAGGGUUUGGGAAGAAGGUUUCUGCCAUUCUUGACAAGUGCUUAACUGGGUACGACACAGAAGUUUUUUUCUUUGACGAAGCGGUUAGGACUUCAAAGAGACAACAGCUGGAAUCAAAGCUUUUACAUUUGGUAAAUCCUUCUUAUCAAACCAUGUUGGGCCAUAUACGUUCAAAAAAUUUAGAAGAUUUCAAAGGUUCAUUGGAUAAGGCCCUUGAAAGUGGAGAAGGAUUUGCCAGUGCUGCACUUGAUUGCACUAAAUCUUUUAUGAAAAAGUUUGACAAAGAUUGUGAAGAUGCAACUAUUGAGCAAGUUGAUUGGGAUACUUCCAAGAUCCGGGAUAAGCUUCGACGUGAUAUUGAUGCUCAUCUAGCUUCAGUUCGGUCUGCAAAAAUUUCCCAGCUUAAUGCACUGUAUGAGGGCCAACUUAAUAAAGCCCUUGCAGAACCUGUAGAAGCUCUUCUUGAUGCAGCUGCUGAUGAUACCUGGUCCUCAAUAAAAAAUCUUCUUCAGCGAGAGACUGAAUCAGCAACCUCUGGAUUUGCUUCUGCCCUUGCAACAUUUGAUCUUGACCAGGCAACUAUGGAUAAAAUGAUUGAGAGACUUAAACAAUAUGGAAGGUCAGUGGUUGAAUCUAAGGCAAGAGAAGAGGCCGGAAGAGUUCUGAUUCGUAUGAAGGAUAGAUUCUCUACAUUGUUCAGUCGUGAUGAAGACUCUAUGCCAAGAAUUUGGACAGGAAAAGAAGACAUAAAAGCAAUCACAAAAGCUGCUCGCUCUGCAUCUCUAAAAUUGCUGUCUGUAAUGGCUGCUACUCGCCUGGAUGAUGAAUCUGAUAAAAUCGCAGAAACUCUUUCACUUGCUUUGAUGGAUACUUCAAACAGUGCUGUGAAAAAUAGAAGCAUUCAAACCACGGAUCUGUUAGCUUCAAGUUCGUGGCAAGAGGUUCCAGCUGCAACAACUUUGAUUACUCCCGUCCAGUGCCAAAAUUUGUGGAGGCAAUUCAAGGCAGAAACAGAAUACACUGUCACUCAGGCCAUUUCUGCUCAGGAAGCCAAUAAGCGUAACAACAGUGUUUUACCUCCUCCAUGGGCAAUUGCUGCUAUGUUAGUCUUGGGAUUUAAUGAAUUUAUGACUCUUCUUAGAAAUCCUUUGUACCUUGGUGUCAUUUUUGUUGUCUUUUUAGUUGGCAAAGCCAUUUGGGUUCAGCUCGAUAUACCCGGUGAAUUUCGCAAUGGCGCUGUGAGUGUGAAGUCUUUCAGAGUUCAACUUCCGGGGCUUCUCUCCUUAUCCACAAAGUUUCUCCCAACAGUGAUGAACAUCCUUAAGAAAUUAGCAGACGAGGGUCAAAGAGCUGCAGCUCCACCAGGUCAGAGGAAACAGGAAGAUGAUGAGUCUAAAGCAUAUAGGAAUGGAGUACCCAGCAAUGCAACCUCAGAUACAUCCUCUAGUGUAACCUCAUCAUCCGAUCAAGGGUUUGAAUACACAAGUCCGCUAACACAAUGAUGAGAAAGUAGUAGUGAUGAUAAUACGUCUUUGAUUGUUUGUUUGUCUUCGUAGCUGAAGGUUCAAGACCCUCUUAUUUAGUGCAGAUGCUCCAUUGUUGAUUGUGGUCUGAACCUAUGAAUUCAGUUAAUAUGAAGCAGAUGUUGGUGUGUGUAACACAGCUUCAUAAGAGAAUGGAAGCGAGAUUGAUGCCCAUUUGGUUUUUGUUAUUGGCUUUGUGGCAUUUGAGAUGUAUACAUAGAUACUUUUACUCUUGUUAUUGGCUAUUGAUUACGUGUGUUACAGUUUAAGGUUA